UGGGCGGUAACGCGGUAACUAGAACCUCAACAUCUCGCGCCAAAUAACGUAGUGAACGAGUCAUGGAGGUUGAAAUAUAACGAGAUAUCUACAGUAACGGCCUAAUAACUAUGAAAUGACAGAAAUAAAUCCCUUGUCACUGUAUCUACUAGACUCAAAUCCAGUUAUAGACGAGACCAUCAUUGAAUCAAGUUCCAAAACAGACAGGAUACCAUUUUCUCCUAUCAACAGCCAGUUUAAUUGUGCUGCUCCAAGUAGAUGUGUUAGCUCUCCAAAAAUCCAGGCAUCCACUGACAAAGAGAACAUGAAGACUAAGUCGAGGUCUAAGAAAGUGGCAUCACCGAUGAAAGCAGAGAGAAAGUCUUCUACUAACUUUGGAAAAGAUUCGAAGAAAGUAGUGGAACCUGUAGUUAAAACAGAAAGAGUGAAAAAUGACUCAGAAUCAUCAGUGGAUUCAAUCGGUGAAAGACCUGGAACUCCAACAGAAAAUCCAGAAACUCCAGCCCCUCUCACACCUACAGCAAAUCUCAAAAUGCUCUUCAGUGCUGUAAGUCCAGAGCUCAGGAACAGAGAAAAACAGUUGGAAGAGGAAAGUGAAGGAAAAGACAGUGAUGACUUUGGGGGGAAAUUCAAGCCUCUAAAUCUAGAUGCUGAACUUGCAGCUUCACAAAUUGAUGAUGAAAAUGGAGAUUGGAAACCUGGGUCUCGAAAAGAAAAAUCCUUAGGCUUACUUUGUCAAAAGUUUCUUCAGAAAUAUCCAGAGAACCCCCAGUCUGAAGAGGGUCAAGAAAUUUCAUUGGAUGAAGUAGCAAAGGAAUUAGCUGUUGAAAGGAGAAGGAUAUAUGAUAUUGUCAAUGUGUUGGAAAGUGUGGAGAUCGUCAGCAGAUUAGCCAAGAACAAAUAUGCCUGGCAUGGAAAAACUAACUUAGUCAACACACUUGCCAAACUCAAGGCAUUAGCUGAUGCUGAAGGCUUUGGAGACCUUGUGCUAAAAGUGAAAGAUUACGAACUAAAUCGUGAACUUGCGGAGCAGAAUGGUAGUGUGUAUACAGCUCCACCACCAUUUAUAAUGGACCCAGACAAUCCCAAUGCAGCAUUAUUGAGAAAGGACAAGUCAUUGGGCAUAAUGAGUCAGAAAUUCCUCAUGCUCUUCUUAGUAUCUAAGCCUAGAGUAGUGAACUUGGACUUGGCAGCUAAAAUUCUCAUUGGAGAUCCAAAUAUCGAUAGAACAGAAAAUGCAAAGUUUAAAACAAAAAUUAGAAGACUCUACGACAUUGCAAAUAUUUUAGCAACCCUAAAUUUAAUCAGGAAAAUUCGCAUUACUGACAUAAGGGACAGAAAGCCAACAUACCAGUAUAUAGGGCCAGAUUUGGAGCAAGUCCAUGAACUAAAUGUGUGUUACCAUGAUGGAUAUCAUCGACCAUCUUCAAGACAUUCCAUGCUUGACUGUGUGAAGAAUCAGCAAAUGUCUGAAAUUCUGUCACCAAAUGGAUAUCGACCCAUAAAACCCAACUCUCCCUUUUCUGAUGACAAAGGACUAGGAGAUGGUGCUCCAAGAAAGAAUGCAAUGCCACGACAUUCCUCUUUUGAACAAAUCUGCCAGGUAGCAGAGAAAGAACGAGACAAACUGUAUGCUUCAAUGUCUCAGCCAUCAAGUCCGACAGAGAAACACAGUUUUGAUGAUUCACGAAUGACGUUGAGCCAGGAGGAACCAAGCACUGUUCGCAAAAGUAUUGGCAAACGAAUCAUAGUGAAGCAGAAAGGUACAGAAUUCCAAAUAAUUCAUCCAACAAAGUCGACAGUAUUGAAAACUGAUGCAGCUUCUUCCACGACGUCAAAGCCUAAAGAUCCAAAAGCAAUGGAGCAGACGAUAGUCAUCAAAGCCAAACAAAAUUCUUCAUUGCCAUUAACCAAGGAUCAGAUAAAUGCAGUACUUAAGUCUCUGAAAGUGCCAGUACCUAUUAAAAAGGAAGGUGAAAUCAAGGAGAUACAAAGUCCGAAAAGUGAGAAUGCCCCUGAGGCAGGUGUGUUUCAAGCAGUGAAAAGGGCAAUUGUCAUACAGAAUGGAGAACCCGAGGUAAAACGCUUCAGGCUGGAGUACCCUUCACCUCCCACUGAUGAAGACGAAGGAAAGACCAAAAAAAUUUCAAAUGAUAUCAAAGGGAAAACUCCUCCUCAGCGCUUAAUGCCAGAAUUUACCGAAGCAAAAGGAUCUGAAGGAGAACCACUUGAUUCAUGUGAUUCAGAACAGUCGAGCAGAGUAAACAGCCAGGGACAGAUUCACAAAAUCGCAGUGCAGUUGCCAAAUCAACCACCUACCAUACUACAGUUACCCUUCAUUCAGCGCCAGCCAGCCACCUCAAUCUCUCACAUGCAAAUCAUUCAAGGAGUGCCAAUGAGUGCCACUGAUGGUUCAGGACAAGCAGUCAAUUUCAUGGUGCCAGUGACUUUUAGCCCUCCCCUUACUCCAAACAGUAGUUCCUCCCCUAGUCCAACUGUGUUCACAUUUCAGGGCACAACCUAUGUGAACCAGACCACCUCUAUGCAUCAUUUCAUUGGUCAACCACCAGUGAAGUUGUCACCAAUUUCUGUUCCCAUGGCCAGUACCUCCCAGAAUAGUGCUGUUCAGUCAUCCCUCAUUCCUCAGCAGAUGAUCACCCCAACGGAGCGUCCUUCUCCUCCGGCAACUCAGUUCUUCAGAAACACCCCAGGUGGUCUGAUUCCACUGUCUACCAUAUCGGCUGCAGCCAGCAACUUUGCAGUCAAGGAGGGUUUGGCCACAGCAAGGAAACUUGACCUCCCUGACCUCAGUGCCAAUGACGUGUGCUGAAGUGAUCUCGUGUUUAACAAAGACUAGUUUAGUGUAUAGUAUUUAAGUAAAAGUGCAAAUGUAUUUUAAUGAAGGAUGAUUGUGCUUGUGUCUUCCGAGAAAUGUCUUUUUAAAUGAAAGAAGUUAUAAUUAACCAAUGGCUUAGUCUAAUUUUAUGUGGUGCACUCUUUGAUGUAAGAAAAAAAAAGUAAACCAAAGUAUUUAUUCUGCACAAAAAAAUGUGUAUUUGCAUGAUAGAAGAUUAUUUUGUUAGUAUUUAUAUAAAAUAUUGGGAAAAAGCUUAGCUGUUUAUCGUUUUUGUUUUCUACAUAGUACUUAAAAAAAAUUAAUGUGAUGAAAUUCUUCAAUAUGAAAAUGUACUUGGAUGAAUUCUGUUGUGCUGGUAUGUGAUGUAUAGGAUGGUGUUGGAAUGCAGCUGUUUUCAAUUAGAAUAAUAUGUGGUGGCAUGCAUGCUUCUUUGUUAUGAGAUAAGUGAAAAAUGUACAGAAGUUUGUUCUUGCAGUGUGUUGUUUAGAAUGGUAAUGGAAAAUAUAUAUAUACCAUUGUAGGAAAUGUUUACAUGUGUAAAAGUGUUUGGAUUUUAAUAUGUAGAAUAGGUGAAAACCAAGAAAGUGGAGGAUAGAAUUGGAGUAUGUGGAUUUGCAGGAUACUGUGGGCUAAUGAUUUGCAUGUUGUUUGAUUGAAAACUUGUGUUCUUGUAAAGAAUGCUGUCUGAAUUUGUACUUCUGAAUGCAUUUGCGUUGACACAGGAAAAAAUGGCAAACUGUGAUACAGCUUUAUUAUUUAGUUUGUCAUUUUCGUUAUCAAAACAAUGUGGUUGUAAUGAAUUCUACAUUAAUUCCUCUUUGUUAAGAGUAUUUGAGUUUUUUUAGGCAGCAUUCAUAGUACCCCCAGUACAUGCAUGUAAUGCAUAUAUCAGUUUUUAUUUUAAUUUAUUUUUCGUAAUAAUUUUAUUUUGUUUUGCAUGCAAGUAAUGUAUUAUAAUUUUUUUUUAUUUAAGAAAUAUACAAUAUUUGAGCUAGCUCAAGAUGUUUAUUUGAUUUAACUUGUUAAAGGAGAAUUUGUGUUUUUUGAGUAGAUGUUGCCUUCCCUUCAUUUUGUAAAAUCCACUGGCAGUCAUCAUUUCAUUUCUUAGAUAUAACAUUUUAGUUAGUUAAGGAAUAUCAGCUCACGUCUUCAUGAUACUCUUGUUUUUUGUUGAUAACAAAUAUUGUUAAGUUGUUCCUUUUAUUCUAUAUUUUUAAUCCUUAAGAGUGCACAAUUUUUUCCAAUUAAAUUGAUCAAAUUGUUGCAUGCAGUGAAAUUGUACAUAGACCGUUGUGUAUAUAGAGGAAUAAUAAACUAUUUAAUGAAUAGGUA